UGCAGUGAUGUUGGAAGGUUCAGCUAGGAAGGAGUUAAGUGACUGCUGUCACCUCAGCAGCGCAUCAGGUUACUUGGGUGCAGGUUCCUCUAGGAAGGGGUGGAGCCAGCUUUGCCUCUGGGACUGAAGCUGAAGAGGUUUGAGGAACACUGCUGACUAGGGAAGGGGCUUUAUCAGGUGUCUUUUCCCAACCUUCUGUCUCCAAGCCCUCAGCUAUGUCCUUGUCCUCAUCUCUGAAUCCCAAACUCCCUUCAGAACCCUUUAGUCAUCCUCCAGGAGCCCCUCGGGAGCCAGAAGUUGACCAGUGCACCAUCUGUCCUGAAUUGGGAGAAGAGACAAUCAGGCCAGAGCAGGCCCAGGACUCCUUGGACCCUUCUGAGUACUUCCACGGUGGACCGAGAGGCACUGAGCCUGCUGCCAAUGCCCCCAGAACACCAGCACCCUCUUCUCAUGAGGAAACAGCUGGAAGCAAGGUCCAUGAGCGCCCUGUCUCUGGCCACGAUGUGUUGGAGGCUGAGCAUGACAGCCUGCAGCUCUGCCUGUUGGGGCUGGGCCUCCGACUACAGGACAUGGAGCAAGGCCUCAGGCCCUGGACACUGGCCCAGAGUGGGAUGGCCCAGCUUCAGGCCCUGCAGGCAGAGCUUCGAGGAGCAGCAGAACGUGUGGACUCACUGCUAGCAUUUGGUGAGGGGUUGGUGCAGCGAAGUGAGCCCAUGGCCUGGGCAUCUUUGGAGCAGAUCCUGAGGACCCUCAGAGCCUACCGACACACCAUCUUCCGAAGGCUCUGGCAGCUGCAGGCCCAACUGGUCAGCUAUAGCCUGGUGUUCGAGAAGGCCAACACAUUGGACCGGGAUUUGGAGGUCGAAGGGGACUCAGAUGGGCCAGGACUUGGUGGAGUCUGGGGGUCCUGGGCACCCAGUAACCUCCUCACUCCUGCAGAGUUGGAGUGGGACCCAGCAGCGGAUGUUGGGGACCUUGGGGUUUUGGGGCAAAAGACAGCCCAGGCUCCAGGGAUUCCUUGUGAACUGUGUGGCCAGAGGGGCCCCCGGGGCAGGGGACAAAGCCUUGAGGUAAGAGCAGUUCCUUUUGAGUAUCUUCCAUUCAGUCAGGCAACCACAGAGCUCUUCUGUCUGCCUUUGAGAAGGGUCCUUGUUAUUCAAGGUCUUGGUGGCUCUGUCUGUCCUUCUCUCUUGAUGUCUCUAAGGUUUCUCCACUCCCAUUAUCUGUCUCUGUCUUCAUGGAUUCCUAUAUCAUACUUUUCCCACUCUCCAUUUGUUUCUUUUCUUUUCUUUUUUUUUUUUUUUUGUCUUUUUUGUUUCUAUUGGUACCAGGGAUCGAACUCACGACUGCCUGCUUGCAAGGCAGGUGCUUAUGCCGCUGAGCUAAAUCCCCAGCCCCCCAUUUGUUUCUUUUUCUCUCCAUUUGUUUCUAUCUGCAUCUUCAGCCUCAUUUCAUUUCGUUCUGCCCCUUACCUUCUUGGCUAUGGCCAUACUCCAGGCCCUUUGGCAAACACACAAAUGGCACUGCCAUCUUGGGGUUCCCAAGGGCACGGCCAGCUCACUUCACCUCAGUUCAGUUUCUCCUCAGGUGUCACUUCAGAGAGGCCUGCCCUAGCUCCCAAUUAGCACUCCUUAUCUUCCUGCUAGAUUUCCUGAUUGAUUUACCACAGCUUGACCAGCAUUUAUUAAUUUUUGGUCCCUCUGGCCAGAACAUAAACUCCACAGAGGCCAGGAUUUUGCCUGUUUCCAUCCCCAUUGUGCCCUCAGACCUAGAACUGUACCUGGCAUGUAAUAGAUACUCAUUAAAUAUUUGUUGAGCAAAUGAAUAAAUAAUAUCUAUCCCCUU